AUGUCGAAGCAACAUGGUUUGAAGCGCAGUGCGCAAAAUAUUAAUAAUUCGAUGAAUAGUACGCCCAAUAAGCCAGCUAAACCAAAAAUCCUGAAACCUAAUAGCACUACGAAAGAUACAGACGGAGAAGACGAAACAAAACAAGUAAAUUUAAACGAUAUUUACGACAUGAUGAAGACCAUGAUGUCAAAGUUAGAAAAGCUCGACACGAUUGAAAAGAACGUCAAAUCAUUGGACGACGAUUUGCAAUCGCUAAAAGCUUCACUGGAAUACGCUCACGCAGAGGUAGUAGACUUGAAAAAAGAUAAUAAAGAGCAGAAAUUAAUGGGAGAAAAAAUCAACAAAAGAGUAGAAAGCUUAGAAAAGGAGAAUGCCAUGCUACACAAUAGCAUCAUUGAUCUCAAAGCGCGCUCAAUGCGCGGUAACUUAAUAUUUCAUAAUAUUGAAGAAAGACCUGAAGAGAACACUACAACUAUUAUACAUAAACUCCUGGAAGAAAAACUUAAUAUUGAAGACGCAUCAUCAAAAGUGAAGAUCGAUAGAUCACACAGGCUAGGUAAACCCAGACGGGAAACAGACAAACCGCGACCGAUAGUGGCAAAGUUUAAUUAUUAUCAAGACAAAGAACAUAUUCUUGCUAACGCUAAGAAAUUAAAGGGUACAAAUAUUGGAAUUUCAGAGCAAUACCCGGCGGAGAUAAUGGAAACAAGAAGAAAGCUAAUACCCGAGUUUCAAGAAGGCAAAGGCUGA